GCGCGCUGCGGCGGAGGAGGCGGAGGCGGCGAGAUGACGACGGGGCAAGCGGGAGGAGGCGUGAGGGGGGCCCGGCUGCUCCACAGGCUCGCCGGCCGGGCUGUGCGCAAGCUGGAGUGGCAGCCGCGAGCACCGUAGCCAGCGGGUGGCGGCGGCGGCGGCGGCGGCGGCAGCAGCAGCUCAGCGGCGGAGUUCUUCGACGGGCGCCCGCGAUGGCGCUGCGCAGGCAAAAGGAGCAGGCGCUGUCGGAGGAGAAGGGGGCCCUGGAAGAGGAGGACGAAGAGGAGGAAAGCGGCGGAGGCAGGAGGGAAGCCAGCGGGGGCGCCGCAGCGGGGGCCGCGGCGUCGGGCUUCACGCCGCCCGAGGGGGGCUUCGGCUGGGUGGUGGUGUUGGCCGCCACCUGGUGCAACGGCUCCAUCUUCGGCAUCCACAACUCCUUCGGGAUGCUCUACGUCUUGCUGCAGGAAGAAGGCGGCGGCGUCGAGAAGGACCCCUCGCUGAAGUUCAAGACAGCCUGUGUGGGCUCCUUGGGGAUGGGGAUGAUUUUCUUCUGCUCCCCGCUCGUCAGCAUCUUCACCGACCGGAUUGGCUGCAGAACGACGUCUGCCUCGGGAGCAGCCAUUGCCUUCAUUGGCCUCUUCUCCAGCUCCUUCACAAAGUCCCUUGAAGUCCGCUAUUUCACGUACGGGAUCCUCUUUGGCUGCGGCAGCUCCUUUGCGUUCCAGCCUUCUUUGGUUAUCCUUGGCCACUACUUCAAGCGGCGACUGGGCUUGGCCAACGGCCUGGUGACUGCCGGCAGCUGCCUCUUCUCCAUGGGCCUUCCAUUCCUCUUGAAGAUCAUCAGCGGGCGUCUCGGGCUGGCACACACAUUCCAGGUCCUCAGCGCCUUUAUGCUCGUCCAGAUCUUCUUGUCUCUGACUUUCCGCCCCAUUUUCCCUUCGACCUCUGACCCUCACGACGUGGAACACGUGGACCAUCGGAGCUGGAGGCAGCAGUGUGUGUCUCAGAUGCGGAAGUACUUCAAUCUGAGGGUCUUCAGGAAAAAGACCUACCGGAUUUGGGCUUUUGGGAUUGCGACGGCAGUGCUGGGAUAUUUUGUACCUUACAUGCAUCUGGUGAAGUAUGUGGAAGUUGUGUUUGACGAAAAGGAAAGGGGGUGGAUUGUCUUGGUUUGCCUGGGAGCCAUGUCAGGAGUUGGGCGCUUGGCUUCGGGACCGAUCGGCGACCUCAUCCCUGGGCUGUACAAGAUUUACCUACAGGUUGCCUCCUUUAUGGUCUUGGGCUUAAUGUGCAUGAUGAUCCCGCUGUGCCAAGGAUUCUGGGGGGUCAUUGUUGUCUGCCUCUUCCUCGGACUUUGCGAUGGUCUCUUCAUCACCAUCAUGGCCCCCAUUGCCUUUGAGCUGGUUGGGCCCAUGCAAGCGUCUCAAGCCAUCGGGUAUCUCCUGGGACUUAUGGCCAUCCCCAUGACGGCAGGUCCCCCAAUUGCAGGAUUCCUCUAUGAACGUUUGGGGAAGUACGCCUUUGCCUUCUACUUUGCUGGAGUUCCCCCCAUCAUCGGGGGUCUGGUGCUGGCGUUUGUCCCUCUGGUCUAUCAAAGACAGCUCAAGAAGAAGAGGCUAGAUUCCGGCAAGGACAAGAUGCUGGUUUCAGAGAGUGUGAUGAACGGGGAGCUCCUCCCAGGUGCCCCAGCCAUGGAGGCAGGCAUCUAAAGCCACCCUUCAGAUCUCCUGGUGCCCAAGCACACACACCCCACUCUUGCCACCAGCAUUCUUCUGGCACUGUCUGAGCCCAGCCCCUUCCGAAGAGGAAACGGAGCCUCUCUCGUUUCGUAAGUGGAGACAGCCGUAUUGGACAAGGGAGGACAAUCCGAACCGGACACUUUCCUUUGGAGCUGAUUUUCCCUGCCUCUUUUCUACAGAGAACUCUAGCAACAUUCUCUCUCUCAUCUUUGGGCUAUGAUUCUUUUUUCCUAGUUGGCACAGAUCACGCAUAAAUGACACACAAAACUUUUGAGAUUUUGUUGGGCCACCUUGUCAAAAAGUAUUCCGCAUCUGUGCUUCGAUGUUUUGCCUUGAAUGUGGAAUUUCGUCUUACUUUGAGCUCUUUUAGGAGUCAUGUUGUAGAAGCCAGAUCCUCAAAAUCUGUUUGAACUGCUCAUGGAAGCGAAGCACAGAAAGGAAAAGGCAAUGUUAUCAUCCCCUGCCAUUUCACCUUCAACUCCACUAUCUCCAGAAUCUUUCUCCAAAAAUCGUAAUGAGUUGGCUCUGUUUUCCCACCAGUUUCUCUUUAGUCUUGCUUCCUUUUUGUGGUCUUUCUGUAUGUUUCGUAUAUCUCAAAAGCAAAAAACAAAACAAAAACCCCAAUCCUUCACUACUUGUUCUGAUUUAAUCCUGUUGGUUGACAUUGCUUUUAAGGCAUACACCCCAGAGUUUUCAGAAUGGUAUUCCCCAUUCAUUCUUGGAGGAAGUUGGACUCACUGAAUAAUGCCUUUAGUUUGGAAAAAUGUAUCUGAUCUCUGGGUUUUGUUUAUGUUUUUUUUUUUGUUUUGUUUUUAAGAUCGGUAUCUAACUUUUGAGCCGUCCCUCAGAAAUGCAAAUUCUAUAAGGGACUAAACUUAGUUUAAUUGGUUGUUAGAAAAAGUGUGUCUGGACCUUAUGGUUGUUGAACCCGCAAACACAAUUAUUCCGUAGAUGUGUAGGUGGACUGGAUCUACAAUAGCUUUUGACCUGAAUGAUUGAAGUUGGUGAAGCACGUGGGACAUUCUCCCUGAUCCAAAAUCUGCAGACUUCAGGUUGAAACAGAAUUCUGCACACGAGAAGCUGUGGUGGAUGUUCAGAGGCAUUCUGCAAGGGGGGAAAGUCCAGUAACUCAGCAGUGUCCCUUGGGUGUGCGUCUCCAGUUGGGAGUGUGAACGUUUGCACCCUAGACAUCAGCUGUGUAGGCACAGGCUUCUGUUGCACUUGGAGUCCCCGCCCCCGCCCCCCCGGAUCUGUGCAUUCGCACCUGGAAAGAGGGGCGCUCCUUCGUCCGCCUUCCUGCAGCUGUUGCUGGCUUCUCGUAUUCUUUUACGAGUUGGUAUCACAGAAGCUGCAGGUGGCAGCCUCCUCACACCCACAAUGUGGGGAGGAUCAUAAUAUUAACCUACCUUACAGGGCUGUUGUAAGGAAUGCAACAAGAUAAUGUGUAUAAAGCACUUUGAACAUUCAAAAGUGUGAUAUAAAUUCUGACAGUGAUGAUUAUUGCAAUUUACUCUUAUACAUACACACACACACGAGCAGCCUUUGAAUCUUGCUCGAAUUCUCCCUCACCCCCACGCCGUACACUAAAAUCCACACCCCUUUCCACUCCUAUACACUGAAGCUGAUCCACUUCCACAUCUUCGGAGAGCUUUUCCCCAUUUUCCUGCCUGGGUCUUAAAGACACGAGUUGAGGAACCAUGGAAGAGUCCUUAAGAUGUUCAGCCUGUUACAGGUCCCUUCUCGUCAGGAAUGUGCUUUACAUUAAAUAACUGUUUUCUCCUCCAAUGGGAUUGGCUCUCCCUUCUGGUCUGCUGCCAGGCAGAGAUCGCAGCGGCCCAUAAUAUAUCUGCAUACCUGUUGCAUUCUGUCAUUACCCCCUUAAAGGUGACGCCGGUGGUGGGAGCAGAGGGGUAAAGUCUCGGCAAUCUGUAGCUUGUGAAGCUGUCUCCGGCUUCAAAGAAAAAACAACUGAGGAAGGGGGUGGUGACAACCUUGGAGUCCACCGUUAUAAAUACGUUGAGAUGGGCAUGUUAGAGCCAAACGCUAUGGCCUGGGUCCAGCUGACAAUUAUUCUGAAUCUUUAGCUCUGGGGUGUUUACCAUUAGUCAUUAAGAUGAAAGAGAAACUUGAGCUGCUCCUAAAACACUCAGAGAUUUAAAUACCAUCCCUGUGGGAGGUGACUAGGAUGAGGCAGGGGUGUUCAACCUUGUGCCCCCAAGUGCAGUUGGACUACAACUCCCAUCAUCCCCAGCCACAAUGGCCAAAGACUGGUUGGUGGGAGUUGUACUCCAACAGCCUCUGGGGACCCAAGGUGAAAACCCUUGGGAUGAGGCAUACCAAAGUUUGCAAUGUGUUGCCAAGUAUUGUUGAUAUCUCUGUGAGUUUGGGGAGGGUGUCAGAAAGAGAAGCAAGCGGUGUUUGCUUAGGCUGUGGUUAUAUGCUGAAUGCCAGAGUUGCUGAUAGGGAAGGUUGUUUUCUUGUUCUGCAGCAAAUUGUAUCUUUGGCGACUUGUUUGUUUCUUCAAAACAGUGAUCUGUUUGGCUUAAGGACGUGGUUUGUAACACUAGGAUCGGUUUGCAACAGAAAGUCUAAAGUAUUGUUUUCUUGGCAUCCCUGAAAUGUUCACAAAGGUUGUUUUUUAGUCUAGAAUUGCCCUGUGUUGCAGGGCGGAGGAGAGGCAUGCACAUCUAGAGUGGUCUCCAGAGGCCAGCAGAAGCAAGUCCCUUUCUCAGACGCUCCUCUUUCUCCUGCAGGAAAGGGGAAACUUAGGCCUGAAGCUCACAUUUCACUGUCAAGGUAGCACACCUCACCAAUAGACAUGGACUCUUCUAUGCCAUUUUUCACAUGAUGUGAUGCUUUAUGAAAUAGCCAUGUUAUACCAUGAAAUAGUCAAGAAGUUGCAUUUGCCAUCACGGAGAAGAUGCUCAUAAAACAGGGAUUCUCAACCUUGGGUCUCCAGAUGAUGCUGGACUACAACGCCCAUCAUCCCCACCUACAAGGGGGAUGGGGAACUCAGUGGCAGAGCAUCUGCUUUGCAUGCAGAAGGUCCCAGGUUUGGUCCCUGGCAGCCUGUCCAGGUAGGGCUGGGAAAGACUCCUUGGAGAAGCUGCUGCCAGUCAGUGUAAACAAUACUGAGCUAGAUAGACCAAGGGUCUGACUCAGUAGAAGGCAGCCUCCUAUGUAAUGGCCGAGUGGCUGGGCAUGAUGGGCUUUGUUAUCCAGCAAAGUCUGAGGCCCUACGGUUGAGAACCCUUGCUUUUAAACACACACUUUUUCUAAUAUAACUUUCUGCUUUUCCCCAUGAGGGGGGAUCUUAAGAACACCACCCUAUACAAACAGGACUUGGGAAGGCCACAGAUUCUUGUGGGGGAGUCUGUUGCCUUCACGCCUUUCCUGGGGACCUACCAGAAGCAUCUGGCUGGCCACUCUUGGAAAAACAGAUUGUAAGUGGCCUUGUUGGCGCAUUAGGGGAAAAGAAUCCAGACGCCAAAGAAGGGCAAUGACUUUAUUAGGACCAACAACAAAAAAUGUCAGUGUAGUGAGCAAGCUUUCAAGUGCCACAGAACUCUUUCUCACACUUUUUGUCAAAACAAAGUUGCAGGGUGGUGGGGAGAAGGUGGGCUUGAUCCUGAAGUCCUAAAGUCUGCAGCUUACGCAGACCUGUUCUGGUGGCCUUGAUGUUCCUCUCCUUUGGCACUCUUCUCAUGCCCCAAAGAGAGAGUGAGGAUUGCCCUUGAGCCCACGUUUUCCCUCUACAAAACUCCCCCAAAGUGCCCCGAGGAUAGAUAUGCCAAGGACUGUCUGCAACCAGGCAUUUUGCCUCCAGUUUUUUAAAUUCGUUUUUCUUACCCACAUGGAGGCUUUUUAUACACCCCACGGUUGUGGGACCAAACCUUGCCCUAAACCUCCACCCCACCCCCAUUUGCAUCCUGCCCCACAAGGGGCUGAUUCCUCACAUAGUCAAGCAAAGUUCUGUGUUUCUUAAGUGCCUCAAGACUAGUGAGGAGCUGAGACAGAGGCGCACCCCUCAGCUCCUAGAUCUGGUGGCGCUGAGCAUGUGCGAGCUCACGGGCCAGGGGCCAGAUGCCCGCUUCGGAUCUCACGGCUCCGAUUAGCAGUGGUCGCCAUGGGUGGGUGACUGUUUUCAGCCAUAUCCAGAGACUCUGUGGGCUUUCUCCUCUGCUGCCAUGCGUCCAACAGAAUUGAUGGUUUACAUGUUUGUUUUGCCUGGGGAGGUCUCGAUUGCUAAGAGGGCCUCCAGCUCUUCCCCUCUGCUGCUCUGUCUGCAAGCUGCUCCCACUGUGAACUGAAAAAAACCAAAACCCAAGUGUUGUGUGUCCUUGUCUUUGGCUGAGCCGUCCCCAUCAUAAGUUAAUGUGCCUUUGGAAGGAUUCCUUCCUUGUGGAACCAGGCAGUGGAGAAAGAGGGUUGCCAUCACCCCAUGCUGAAAUGGUAGCAGGUGGGAGCAUCAUCAGGAGAGAGGGCAUGCCCACCCCUCUUGCCUGUGGGCUCCCCAGAGGCAUCUGGUGGGCCCCUGUGCGAGACAGGAAGCUGGACUAGGUAGGCCCUGGGCCUGAUCCAGCAGGGCUGUUCUUAUGACCCAAAGAUUGCCUCUGCACUUCGGCAGAGUUCUGCCCCUUUGACUUUCUCUCUCUUUCUUUCUCUCUCCCUCCCUCCUUCAGUUGCUGCUCUGCAUCCAAGCAGCAGAAAUGCACGGCUUCUAUGUCCUUUCCUACACUACACCCUUCAACACUUGUUAUGUUAGAGCCUCGGAAUCUUGCAUGACCUAAAAAUGUCUUCUGUAGGGCUGCAUUUAAUCAGUUAGAAAAAGGCAGGGGUUCUCAAACUUGAGUCCCCUGAUGUUGUUGGACUCCAACUCCCACCAUCUGCAGCCAAAAUGGCCAAAGGUGGCUUGAUGAUGGGAGUUGUAGUCCAACAGCAUCUGGAGACCCAAGGUUGAGAACCCCUGGAUUAAGUGGUCAAAAAGCCCUUUGGCCCAGGGCAGCAGCCAAUGUUUAAACCAUUAUUAUUUUUAAUCAGGGUGGACUUGAUUUCAGUCAAAUCAAUUUAAAUCAUGAUUUAAAUCACUAGUCAGUAAGACUAGAUUUAAAUCAUGCUUUUUAACAUAAAGACUCAUUCUUGCUAGUAUAAUCUUAAUAUUUACAACCAGAUGAAGGUUUCAUUUUUGGUCCUCUUCUAGAUAGAAAAAUUGCUCAAAAUAAUCUUACAGAAACCUCUGGAAGAGCAUGACAUUGUGAAUGGAUUAAUGGAAUUCAUUUACCAAAACAUUUAAACAUGGCAUUUAUAUAGCCUCAUGCUACAUAAUUAAAAACUAAUCCUUAUUUCAUGAUGAAUAACCUUUGGACUAUAAUGUAUCUUAAAUAGAAAACUAUCUUUAGAUAGAUUUUUUUUUCCUCAAAAAGCAUUUUAUUUUUUAAAAAAGCUGAUUUAAAUACAAAAAUCUGAUUUAAAUCAAAAAAAUCUGAUUUAAAUUUUUUUAAAUGAUUUUUUUUAUUUUUUAAAAAAAUCAUUGAUUUUUAUCCACCAUGUUUUUAAUACUUGUAUUUGUAAGAGCUUUUUAUAAACCACCCAUGGCAAGGCCCAUCUUAAGAGGCAUUCCCUCUUCACCGAGGUGAGAAGGCCUCUUCUGAGAAGAGGUCAACUACAACACGUGUGCAUCCACUAAAAACAGAGAGAGUGUGCGUUUUGCUGCAGAACUAUUGUUCUUGCCAAUUUGAUUGAAUUUCAUUAAAGUCAAUAACCAAUGAUAUUAAUCGAUUGAUAAAUUGGAGGACAACCCUAGCUUGAGACUGGAACAGGCUGGGGCUUUUUGAUGUUCUGUAUGAUUUGCUGAUGGCCCACCCAGUCCAUGUUUUGCUUGUUUUUAAAUCUACAGAACUGCCGUUUCCUCCACUCCUACUGCUCAAAGCCCUAUGCUUGUGGUGAAGCCAUGCACUGGGAUGUCCCCCCCCCCCGCCACACAAGGGGAUUACAUGCCCUCAAUGCCCAACUGCAGUAAAGGCACCGUGCCCAUGAGAAGCAUUUCAUGGGGACCUGCCCCAUGCCUGUUCACCCGGAGACCAGCAAAUUCCCUGCAUAAAGCAAUGGUUUAGCUGGGCAUGCCAUGGACAGAGAGUGUCCCAUCUACAUAAGGCACCAUCUUCUUAUUCAAUCAUGUGGUGUGUGUGCUUUUUUUUUUUUUUUUUUUAAUGAUGAGUACCUGUAUGAUUUCCUUAGUGGCCAUUUCAUGUAUAGCAGUUGAAACUGUAUAUAUAAAGAUGUCUCUGUUACUGUUCCAUUUCCCAGAGUUUUCCCUCUUCUCUGUCUGCAAAUUCUCUGCUUGCCAAGACAAUCGUACACGUUAAGUGUUAAUCUUCUUUGUAAGUAUUCUGUGUUCUUCUAAAGGAAUGAAAUGUUUUUAUACACUUUUUGUUUUGGGUAGAUGUUGUUAAUGUAGGGAACAUGUUCUGUUGCAAUCUUUGAUCUUGAUCAUCACAACUGGAUUCAAAUUAUAUCUUUGGUAAAAUUCCUGGCCUCUCUCGGAAACCUUCCAUGUUCUUUUGAUUUUUUGAGGGGGUGGGAGGCACUCCACGUUCAAGAGUGUCUUAUGCACACAGAGCCUUUGGGGAAAUUGACAUCAAAUUAAGUUACUUGCGGGGCGGGGGAGACAGGACUUCAACUCCUUCCAAAUGACUUUCCCAGUAUAUCCAGUUUCAGCAAACUUGUGUAUUUUUCCUUUGGUGGAAUUUGUUAAAGGAGUAAAGCAGGGGAGUCUUCAGAGAUGUAUACCAUGCUGAGUUGGACUCAGUAAGAAACAGCUUUUCACAUUCGAAGUUGGGUCUCCGUGUCUGUUCAGAUCCUGUGGGAUACCAGAAUUUGGUGUUGGACUCAGAAUUCACCCUCCUGAGAGUCUGCUUGCUUGCUUCUUGUUUUAUAAAAGGAAGUUUCUAGCCCUUAUGGCAGCAACUGUAGGCUUGACAGUGCGUGCAUGAUGGGCCUGCUAAAAUCAGAAGCCAGAGAGGGGGCUGAAUAAAGCUUUCAUACCCUG